AUGCUCGACAUGGACAAGCUUCAACGCGGUCAAGCGGCAGGGGAUGUCUCGUGCUAUCUCGCAAGGCGGGUCUUUUUGGCACGCUCCGGUAACCCGCGCCCAGCUGCACCCAGUAGCGUGUAUCGAUUCACGCAACAGCACGCUGUCCACAUCUCCAAUGCACGGCUGUGGGCGAGCUCUUCCUUGUCCUCCGCGCUCGCCUCUACAACGGCUCAGUUGAGUGCUGCACAAGUCUCCCGCGCUGCUGCCCAAGCUGUCCGUCUCUGCAUCAAGGAAGGUGGCUUUGGGGACGCACUGUAUGUUGUCAACUCUGCCUGCCAUUCUGUUCUACGCGACCCUCUGCAGCCUCAAGAGGAUAAUGCACGCAACUCUCGAUUGCAGCCCAUUUCCUUCGGUCGCCCUGUCUCUCCUCGCCUCGCCGCCCACGCGUUUCUACAUGGUCUUAUCCGCGGAGGCUAUACGCGUAAGGCCAACGUCUAUGCCAAGCUCAUGAUUGAAGCCGGCAUUACCAUCCGUACUAGGACCCUCGAGUCUGUUAUCACUACCGCCCUAUCCCGACCCUCUACUCUGCUCAAACCUGGGCCUUUCGCUCGUAUGAUACCCAAGAAGCAGGUUGAUGCGACUUCGGCGGCAUUCAAACUCCAGACCGGUAUGGUCACUGAGGUUUGCGCACGCGCAGCUCUUGAAUUGCUCCAAACAGCGCGUACCUUCGGCCAACAACGUACGGAGCGCAUGUACCGAGUCUUGGUGGAGACCUUGCUCAUGCAAGGAGAGAUCAUCGUUGCGUCUCUACUCUUUGUGCUACUUCUCCAGGACUGGGAGCUCCGCAAGAUACAGGAAGGUGCUACGCAGGAGGCAACAAAGGACCGCAUCACCUACGACCACCUCGGCGUUGACCCUCCGCACCCUGCCAAGAUUCUCCAUGCCCCGUAUCCUGACCUGCAGAUCAUGGGCAGAAUUUUGGAGGUCGCUAGGAAGUCGCUCGCUGGAAUCAGCGACAAUGAGAAGGACUUGACUCGUAUUACUUCCUUGCAGAGCCUAGCCUUGUUCGCGAUGCUCCUGGAUACGGGUCAGCUGCACACUCAUCGCGUUGCAGUCGUUAUCCAUGCGCUGUACAACUGCCCCAAGACGAAUACUCGCGUCUGGAUCCUGCGAGAUGGAGAGCUGGUUCAAGUAGGGGCGUACCGAUACUUCCACGAUAUUCUCAAUCGACUCGUCCGCUCACUGUCCACCGACAAUCCACCGCGACCUCUGCCCACGAUGUCUAGGCGAAGUUACAAUGCGCUCCUCAUGUACUCAUUGCGACAUCGAUUAUCGCCGGCGAUGGGCUCCAUCGUCCUACAGCAUAUGUGCGUCGAGCGAAAGCCUCCGUUGCGCCCCGACAUCGUUACCUUCAAUAUCCUAUUGCGGUCGGGUACUUUAAUGCGGAAGUUGAGCCUCAGCGAAGGCGUCUUGGCGGCUCUACGUCUUGGGAAUCAGGAAUUGAAGCUCGAGAGUUCUUCCUUCAACAAAGUAGCUCCCGAUUCCGACGCUGGGCCCUCUCCUGUCAAUGCCACAGACAAGUCUUCCGACCCUAGCUCCGCAUCUGACCUGCCUCCCUCCGACUUCACUGCCGCAGUCGCUCAACUCAGCAAGGAGGAUGUAGUUGCACCCGAGGACAUCAUCAACCCUAUCGUAACCCUAGAGCCCAAUAACCACACCUUAACGAGUUUCAUUACUCAUCUCACGUCAACCGGCCGACCUGACGCUAUAGCCACUGUGCUCUUUGACAUCCUUCCUGAGCUCAACGUCAUCGACCAUCCCGCCACAAAUGACUCCGCCAACGUACACACAACCCUGAGCUACACGCGCGCCCUGAAGCAGGCCGUCGUUCGUGGUCCGUACCUCUAUGCGGCCCUGAUCAACGCCCUGGUCAAAGCGGGGGAGAUCGGGCUUGCGGAACGCGUAUUCAUUCUCGCGCAGCAGGCAGCGAUUGCCAGCAGCCUCAGGAACUUCGUCAAGGAGGUCAAGCCCUGGCGGCUCUCCGUCCAUGCCUUCACGUCCCUACUACAGGGCUAUGUUCGCCUCGCGCUUGGGCACCUCCCGAAGUACAAGCGCGACCAGUACUACGUCGGGACAAAGCUCCUCUCUAGGGACAUCCUCGGCUGGGAGCCUAAGGCGCGGCAUUACGACGCUGGCUACGCGCAGUUCGUGUACGAGAUGCGGGAGGAGAACCUUGCAGCGCUGAGGAAGCCCUCCUCGAAGCGCGAGACGAGUCGCCGCCACGCGAUGCUGCUGUACCGAUCGAUGAUGCUUGGGGCGCGGUCGCUCCUGACGGGGCUCAUCUCGCGCAAGGCGACGUGGCCGACGCACUACGACAGCUCGCGGGUCACGCAGGCUCGCGUGGGCAGGGCGUGGUGGUGGAAGACGAAGCCCGACGCGCGGUUCUUCAACGUUGCGCUCAAGCUCUUCAGUGCGGCGUCGCGAGCGGAGCGUAGCAAGCUCCUUCCCUCGCGGAUUUGGCACAAGCGGCUGCGGAAUGCGAAGCGGAGGUACGGGGAGACGGGCGAGAUGGCGGACGGCUGGACGCCGAUGCUGCACCACGUUGCGCGGGCCAUGGUCGCUCAUGGGUUCGAUGUCCCGGUGGCGUAUAGGCACCUGCUUGUUGGAAAGUGGAAGGGGUCAAUGAAGGCGAGGCGUAAGAGGCCAAUGGUGUUCCACCGGCCUGAAGACAAGAGGGUUGCCGGUGCGGAGGCGAUGGAGAAAACGGACCACGGUUGA